AUGGUCCACAGAUGUUGUGCACUACCCUUGAGCCCAGGAAACAGAAAGAGAGAAUUUGACCACAUUAAAAGAGUAGCCAACAAUCUGGGAUACAAGACUAGAACCAUAGACACCCUCAUCAAAAACCAUAUAAGCAAACAAAGAUUGAAAGAGAUCACCACUUUCCAAAGAGAUAAACCUGAAAAUAGAAGAAUCAAGCUGACCCACUACCCAGUCUUAACCAACAAACUUUGCCAGAUCUUCAGGAAAAAUGAUUUAGAACCUGUCACAACCAACCAACAUAAACUGAAAACCCUACUGGGAAGCCUCAAGGACAAAGACCCAAAAACUGACCAAUCAGGAAUCUAUAAGAUCACAUGCUCUGGCUGUGACAAGCUUUACAUUGGACAGACUAAGAGAAACAUCAUAACCAGAUACAAGGAACAUAUGCACAAAGCCAGAUACAAUAUUGAAGGAAAAUCAGCAAUAGGAGACCACAUUAUAGCAUCUGGACACACAAUAACUGAACUAAACUUGACCCUAGAAAAACCAGUUGCCAGAAUAUCAGAACUACCAAUUAGGGAAGCAAUAGCCAUGCAUAAAAACAAUAGAGAAAAACUCCUCAAUGAUGACUUGGGACCUUUGGACAUUGACCUGCUCAAAUGCCUACAUGGAACCAGUCACAUACACACUCCAUACAAACAGACACACCCAUCCUGGUAG